AUGUUUCAUGUCCUUUCUUACGCUCAAGAGACAGCCCGACAAUUGAACAUUUCGAACUCUGUGAAGUCUGAUACAGAAUCUGUUCAACAGCGACAACAGCUGAUAAUAUCGUUCAAGACACGCACAGAUGAGCUAUUUGUCGGAUGUCAGACGGAACAGAAUAACUUGAAUUGCUACGCCAAGGAGCUUGCGCAUUCAAUCGGAAUUUUCCUACAUCUCCUUGCCCUGCGCCCGGUGGAAGCUAGCUCGUCCUCGUGCAAUUCUCAAAACACCAAUGUCAACCUUUUGAGGCUAGCCGUAGAGGCCCUCGAUUCAAGAUGCCGAGUAUAUAGCAGUGCCAGAACAGAGCCAUGGCGGUGGAUUGCACCGCUUUUCUUCCCUUGGCAAGCACUUGCAACAUCUCUUGCUGAAAUUCUAGUUUGUGAUGACCUACAUUUUGUCAGAAGUGUAUGGCCCCUUAUCGAGCAGAGCUAUGAAUCAUUUACUACGCUCGGCAUUGAAUCGCCAUACCAUCGGCUGCAAGAAUCCAUGAAGGAAAAGAUGGAGCGAGCUAGGAGUUUCUACGACAGCAUGCUACUGCCCUUUCUCUCUAGUGGGGGUGGGGGGUCCGCCUUGUCUUGGGGGCUUUCACCAUUAACAAUGUUCCAGUACCAGGACCCUCCCAAGUCGAGUGAAUCACGGUUCACAGAAGACACACCCACUAGAUCGACUGAGAAUCUACUUCCAUGUAGCAUAGGCCCCCGACAGAUUGAUUUUUCAACAUGGAAUGGUGAUAGUGAAUUGAGUGAGGUUGAUCUCACUGCCUUCGAAUCACAAUUUCAGUUUGAAGAUACAGCUACCUUCGACGCCAGCGGUGUCUCGGAAGCCAGCUACGAAGAGCUGUUCUUACAAUACAUCCAACAUUGA